UGGGCCGCUUCAAUUAGACACUCCUGCAGCGGCUCCCUGGCGUGGACGUUUUUCAAUAUUUCAUCACAGCCUCCUUGGAUUCUCCGCAUGUGGCGUCUCCUUUGCGCAUAGAGCCAACGCUGCUAAAGAGUGUGAGCAUACUGAGCAUUUACCCGGAGAUGAAGAUAAACGCCCGGUGAAUGGGAAACACCAACACGGAGGAGGCAGCGCUACCUUCCCCCCAUAUCGACAGGCACGCUCGCCCUCUCCGUCGGCGAGAUUUGAACACACGAAACCGGAGCCGGUGUCUGCGCUCUGCGGGGCCGGGCGCGCGACGUCUGGGAGGAGUGUAGGGAAGGAUGGACGCGUUUUUCACGGAGGGAGCCCGUGUUUGGGUUCGGGAGAAGGAGCAGCUCGUUCCGGCCUCUGUAAACUCCUGUGGAGAUGGAACCCUCGUGGUCACAACUGACUAUGGCGAGGUGUUGUACCUGCAGCAGGCCGAGGUCACCAGGGAGCGGGUGUACGCUAUGCACCAGUCCAGCAUCGAAGGGGUGGAGGACAUGUCAGCGCUGGCCGAGCUCCACGAGGCCGCCAUCAUGCACAACCUGUACCAGCGCUACCAGAAGGAUAACAUCUAUACGAACAUCGGCAGCAUCCUGGCGGCCGUCAACCCCUACAAGCAGAUUCCGGGUAUGUACGACCCAGAGCGGGUGGACCUUUACUCCAAGCACCAUCUAGGGGAGCUGCCACCGCACAUCUUUGCUGUGGCCAACGAAUGCUACCGCUGCAUCUGGAAACGCCACGACAGCCAGUGCGUCCUCAUCAGUGGUGAAUCGGGUGCAGGGAAGACGGAGAGCACUAAACUGUUGCUUCAGUUCCUGUCAGUGAUGAGCCAGAAAUCAGGAGGGACUCCUCCGUCAGAGAAAACCACACGUGUGGAGCAGGCCAUCGUACAGAGCAGUCCCAUCAUGGAAGCGUUCGGAAACGCAAAGACCGUUUACAACAACAACUCCAGUCGCUUUGGGAAGUUCAUCCAGCUUCACUUCUCUGAGUGUGGCAACAUCCAGGGAGGCUGCGUCAUCGACUAUUUACUGGAAAAGAACCGUGUGGUACGACAGAAUCCUGGAGAGAGAAACUACCACAUUUUCUACGCUCUGUUGGCGGGAGCUAACAAAGAGCAUAAAAGCCUCUACUUCCUGGAAGACCCUGCGGAAUCUUUCCACUACCUCAGCCAAUCAGGAUGUCUGAAGGACAAAAGCCUGAAUGACAAAGAACUGUUUAACAGCGUCAUGGAGGCGCUGAAGGUGUUGGAGUUCACAGAGGAGGAGAUCAGAGACAUGUUCAAGCUGCUGUCAGGAGUCUUACAGCUGGGAAACAUCGAGUUCAUGACUGCAGGAGGAGCUCAGAUCACCACCAAGCAAGUGGUCACUAAUGCCAGUGAGCUGCUGGGCCUGGACGCCUUCCAGCUGUCUGAGGUCCUGACUCAGCGAUCCAUAAUCCUCAGAGGAGAGGAAAUCUGCUCCCCUCUCACUAUAGAGCAGGCUGUGGAUUCCCGGGACUCUGUCGCCAUGGCGCUAUAUUCCCAGUGUUUUUCCUGGAUCAUCCUCAAGAUCAAUCAGAAAAUCAAAGGGAAAGAAAACUUCAAGUCCAUCGGCAUCCUCGACAUCUUCGGCUUCGAGAACUUUGAGGUGAAUCGAUUUGAGCAGUUUAACAUCAACUAUGCCAACGAGAAACUUCAGGAGUACUUUAACAAGCAUAUCUUCUCUCUGGAGCAGCUGGAGUACAACAGGGAGGGUGUUCAGUGGGACGCCAUAGACUGGAUGGACAACGCAGAGUGUCUCGACCUCAUAGAGAAAAAACUGGGUUUGUUGGCUCUGGUGAAUGAAGAGAGUCGAUUCCCCAAAGGAACAGACUUCACUCUGCUGGAGAAGCUGCACAGCCGACACUCUACAAACCCUUACUAUGUGAAGCCCAGACUCGCUGAUCAUCAGUUUGGUAUCAGACACUAUGCGGGGGAGGUCUUGUAUGAUGCUAAAGGAAUCCUGGAGAAGAACAGAGACACCUUCAGAGACGACAUCUUAAACAUGCUGAAGGACAGCAGACUGGACUUCAUCUAUGACUUGUUUGAGAAAGUUGGCAGCAGGAACAACGAGGAGAAGAUGGGAACAGCCAGACGCAAACCUACAGUCAGCUCCCAGUUCAGGGACUCCCUCCAUGCCCUCAUGGCCACUCUGAGUGUGUCCAACCCUUUCUUCAUCCGCUGCAUCAAACCCAACAUGCAGAAGAAUCCAAAUGUGUUCGACCCGGAGGUCGUCCUGAACCAGCUGAGGUAUUCUGGGAUGCUGGAGACUGUGAAGAUCCGUCGUGCCGGGUUCCCCGUCCGCAGAACUUUCAAGGACUUUUUCUCUCGGUAUAAGAUCAUCCUGAAAGAAAAAGUAGCAGCAGCUGGAGACGAUAAAAAAAGGAGCACAGACAUUCUCAUUAAAUAUGACAAGACAAAGAAAGAGUGGCAGUUAGGCAAGACCAAGGUGUUUUUGAAAGAGUCUCUGGAGCAGCGUUUAGAGAAAGACAGGGAUGAAGUCCGACGCCAAGCUGCUAUGAUAAUCCGAGCUCAUCUUCUCACUUUCUCUGCCAAGAAGCACUUCAAGCGUGUGCGUGCCGGUGUCGUCACCCUCCAGAAACACUUCAGAAAGCACAUCCAGCGCAGGCGAUUCGUGAAGCAGCGCAAGGCGGCUCUGGUGCUGCAGAAACACAGACGAGGUCAGGUGGCGCGCACUCGUGUUCGAAAACUCAGAGAGGAGAAGAGGAAGAGCGAGGAAGCGCUGAAGAAGAAGGACGAGGAGGAGGACAAGAAGUCAGUUGGUGAAGGGCAGCAGGAGGAAGAGAGUGAAGGAGCUGACAAGAAAGAUAAAUCCUCAGAGGAGGAGGCCCGGCAGAUGGAGGAGAUCCUGCAGCUGGAGCGGGAGAUUGAACGCUUGCAAAAGAAGAGAGAGGAUGAGGUGUCGCAGCUGUGUGAGUCCUCCAAACAGGAGCUGCAGCUGCGUCGAGACGCUGAGAUCAAACGGAUGAAGAAGGAGGCGUCUCGCAAGGCCACGGAGCUCAUCGACCUCCUGAACUUCGGAGGCGUGGAUCCUUCGCUGGUAGGAGCAGGAGCGAAGCCUGCUGCCGAGGCCAAGACUCCCAGAGGUGCAAGUGCUGCUCGAGGGGCAUCCAAAGAGGAGGAGGUAGACGAGGGCUUCCACGCUGAGGAGGAGUGCAUCCCUCUCCCUGACUUCCCUCCUCCUGCAGAGACAGAUGCUCCUUUGGAUCAGGAAAUAUUUGCCCAACUCCCUCCUCCACCACCUGCCUUCGCUGAGGGGACAGUUCCUCCUGCACCACCUCCUCCACCUCCCCUGCCCACAGAUGAAGUUCCUGCUGCUGGAACUCCUCCCCCUCCGCCUCUCCCAGCACCUGGAGAUGGCUCCGAUGGUCCACCAGCUCCACCACCACCACCAGGACCCCCACCUCCCUUGGGAGAGGGGGAGAAGAAGGAGGCAGCCAAGGUGGAGCCGGAGAGGAAGGUCAGCAUGGUGGAGAGCCUGGACGGCGAGGAGCCCAUCUACAGCAUGCCGGCCGACACAGAGUCAGAUUACGAUCAGGAGGAGGAGGAGGGGUCUGUCACGGCUGGAGACGACAGCUCCGUAUCCGGGAGCAACAGAGGAAGUGCUGCCGUGACGGACGAGGAACACCCGAGGAAGUCGACGUGCACCAACGCCAGCAUCGAGUCCUACAGAGGCAGCUCCGACUCUGUGAGGACACACACUCACACGCAUCCUCACACGCGUGCACGCAGACAUUACGCAGACAGUGAUGAUGAGCAUGAUGGGAUGAUGGACACUGAUGAAGAAGUGACAAACGGCAGAGUGUUGUUGCUUAAUGGAAAUGGUCCUCCAUAUUUCCACGGCUACCUCUACAUGAAGGCUGGCCUGAUGAUCCCGUGGCGGAGGCGUUGGUGUGUGUUGAAGGACGAAACCUUCAUGUGGUUCCGCUCCAAACAAGAGUCUCUGAAGUCCGGCUGGCUCUACAAGAAAGGAGGAGGCCUCUCCACUCUCUCACGGAGAAACUGGAAGAUGCGUUGGUUUGUACUGAGGGACAGUAAACUGAUGUACUACGAGAACGACAGCGAGGAGAAGCUGAAGGGAACCAUCGACAUCCGGGCUGCAAAGGAGAUCAUGGAUAAUCAUGAAAAGGAGAACGCUCUGAACAUCGUGACAGACGAGAGGACCUAUCAGGUGUUUGCUGAGUCACCAGAGGAUGCAAGUGGCUGGUUUAAUGUCCUCAGUAAGGUGCGUGUGUGCACUCCCGAGCAGCUGCUGGAGAUGUCCCACGAACAGGCCAACCCAAAGAACGCUGUGGGAACUCUUGACGUGGGGCUGAUUGACUCAGUUUGUGCAUCAGACAACCCUGAUCGACCCAACUCUUUUGUCAUCAUCACUGCCAAUCGUGUGAUCCACUGCAACAGUGACACACCAGAGGAGAUGCAUCACUGGAUCAGUCUGCUGCAGAAACCAAAAGGAGACGCCAGGAUCGACGGGCAGGAGUUCCUCGUCAGGGGUUGGCUGCAGAAGGAGAUGAAGACGAACGCUAAGAGCACCUCCCUGAAGCUGAAGAAACGCUGGUUUGUUUUGACCCACAACUCGCUGGAUUACUACAAGAGCUCAGAGCGAAACUCCUCCAAGAUGGGAACUCUGGUCCUUAACUCCCUCUGCUCCAUCAUUCAGCCGGAUGAGCGAGUGCACAGGGAGACAGGUUACUGGAACAUCAUAGUGUACGGGAGGAAACAUUCUUACCGCCUCUACACCAAGAUGCUGAAUGAGGCCAUGAGGUGGACGGCUGCUAUACAGGGAGUCGUCGACAGUAAGACGCCCAUAGAGACUCCAACACUGCAGCUCAUCAGAGACAUCAAGGAGAACAGUGUGAACCCAGACAUCGUGGAGCAGAUGUACAGGAGAAACCCCAUCCUCAGAUACACCCAGCAUCCUCUGCACUCCCCUCUACUGCCGCUGCCGUACGGAGAGGUCACCAGCUUGCACAGGCAGCAGGGUUACGCCAGCCUGCAGGACGAGGCGGUGCGAGUGUUCAACUCGCUACAGGAGAUGGAGACUCUGGCAGACACGGUGCCCAUCAUCCAGGGCAUCCUGCAGACCUGCCAGGACCUGCGGCCUCUCAGGGAUGAGGUCUAUUGUCAGGUGAUCAAGCAGACCAAUCACGUGCCUCAGCCUAACAGCCCAGCCAAUCGCGCACACUGGCACCUUCUCACCUGCAUGAGCUGCACCUUCCUACCCAGUCGAGCCAUCCUCAGAUACCUCCGGUUCCACCUCAAGAGGGUACGCGAGCGCUUUUCCGGCACAGAGAUCGAGCGCUAUGCCACUUUCAUCGGGGAAUCCUUAAAGAAGACCAAGACUCGUGAGUUUGUUCCCUCCCAGGAGGAGAUCGCCGCCCUGCUGGUGAGACAGGAGAUGAGCACCACGGUCUACUGCCACGGAGGAGGCUCCUGCAAGAUCUCCAUCAAUUCACACACCACAGCUGGAGAGGUUGUGGAGAAGCUGAUCAGAGGUUUGGCCAUGGAGGAGAGCAAGAACCUGUUUUCUCUGUUUGAACACAACGCCGUCACAGACCGAGCUCUGGAGAGCAGAGUGAUCGUGGCAGACGUCCUGGCAAAGUUUGAAAGGUUGGCAGGAAGUGAAGAAGAGGAGGAGGAAGGAGAAUGGAAACUCUACUUCAAACUCUACUGCUUCUUGGAUGUGGAGAGCAUGCCCAAAGAAGGAGUGGAGUUUGCCUUCAUGUUCGAACAGGCUCACGAGUCUCUGAUAAGUGGUCACUUCCCGGCAUCGGAGGAGACUUUGCAGCACCUGGCGGCUCUACGUCUCCAGUAUCUCCACGUUGAUGGGGCAGGUCGGGCCGGUUGGAGUCUGGGGACUGUCUAUCCGAUUGGACGUCUCCGCAAUCGCAUCCUCCACUCCACCAAGCCUGGCGUGGGGGCCGCAGGCGGAGCUGGAGCAGGCGUAGGAGGAGGAGCAGGAGACGGGAAGGGCCUGGUCGGAGGACCGGGAGUUGUCGGCCCCGGGAUUGAGAAACGAAAGACCCCGAGCUUCCUGGACGGGACCCUGAGGAGGAGCUUCAAGACUGGGUCACUGAAGAAGCAGAAGGUGGAGGAGGAGCAGAUGUUGGAGAUGUGGGUGAAGGAGGAGACAUCGGCCACACGGACCAGUGUCCUGGAGAAGUGGACCCGCCUGCAGGGAAUGCCACAGCACCAGGCCAUGCUGAAAUACAUGAGCAUCAUUAAGGAGUGGCCCGGAUACGGAUCGACUCUGUUCGACGUGGAGUGUAAAGAGGGCGGCUUCCCUCAUGAUCUGUGGUUGAGUGUGAGCGCUGACAACGUGUCUGUUUAUAAACGAGGUGAACCCAAACCUCUGGAGACCUUCCAGUACGAACACAUCACCUUCUUCGGAGCUUCGCAGCCCUGCACCUACAAGAUCAUUGUGGAUGAGAGGGAGAUGUUCUUUGAGACUCCACUGGUUGGAGAGAUCACCAAGAUCAUGAGAGCCUACAUCAACAUGAUGGUGAAGAAACGUUGCAGCAUCAUGUCGGUGACCAGCGUCGCCAGUUCCUGGGUCAGGUGAUCGCCACCAACCAGCCCGAGCCCUCGAUUUGUCCAGCAGCGAUCAGAUGCCUCUUGCGUCGGUUGGUUGGUUUUGGAUGGAGGUGGUCGCACCAACCAGUGCAUCCUCAUGGUUGAGUCAGGAGUGAUGUGGAUGAGUGUCAGAAGCAUAACGGGGGUAGAAGUGGACACGGAGGCCAAACGCACACUCUCUCCUGGCCUGGGUUUCACUUGGGAUAAGGGAUUCGUUGGAUAAUUGAGCAUGACAAAGACUUUCAAAUUACAUAACUCCCUCCCUCCAGUUGUAGUCCUGCAUGUAGGUGUUCAAGCACACUCCAAACUUCUCUCUGCUUUUUAUUUCCGGACAAACGAACCUCAGAAAUUUACAAGCACAACUCAGCCGCCUCAGUCUGUCCGCCCAGUGCACUGCCAGAUAGAAGAAAAGCCACACCUCCUCAGUUCAGUUUCUUUCCCACUCCUCCUCCCACGUCCAGAGUCUCUCUCUCUUUCUCUUCACGUGUCCUCACUUCCUGUUGCAUCCUUAUUUGCUGUCAGUAUUUCGUAACAAGGCUGAAUUCUUGUUCUUGCUUGCUUUCUCUCCGUUCUCGUCUUUUUUAACCGUGACAUCGUCUUGCUUCCACCACUUUGUGACUGAGAAAAAGGACUCCAUGAUGACGAUUCUUCUUCAGGGCUUCUCGUCGGUGCCACCGUGUGGCAACAGGAGGAAAACACGGCCAAAGGAUGUGGCUUUAAAUAUUAAUGAACACUAUCAAAUAGAUAUAAGUGAGAAGAGAGAGGGCAGGUUUUGCUUUGGAGGCUCUGUGGUCAGGUGACGCAAAGAGUCUGUGCAUGGUUAGAGCCUCGCGUGGCUCUAUAGAGACAAUAUCAAGCAGAAUAUUAUAAGACAAAACGUUUCCCUAUCUAUGUCUACAUAUAAUACACACAGCAUAAAUCUACUGUAUAUUCACAUACAUGUAAACAUGAACUGAUGUAUCGUUUUGUACUGUAUAUCACACAAUAUAAGAGUUACUAUUGAAUUUCCAGUGGCCACUGCACUGUACAGUAUAUAAUGAUGCCACACUAAAUGCAAUGUGACACCUCUCGUGUAAAAUGAAGUGAAUGAUGUGACCGCUGUGUGUGCGAAUCUGAUGCCAAUACAUCAUUCACUGGCUGUGCCAUUAAUGUGACUCACUCACGGAGAUGUAGGAGUUCUCAAAACCACAGGCUAUAGACAUUUAACUGUGUUUUAGUGGAUUUAUCAUCAGUGUUAUCUGUGGGAGUCGCUCAAAAGCAUCAAACGGACACUUUAAAUAUUGUAACUCUGCGUCCGCUCAUUCUGUUCUCAUGAGACUUAAAAACUUAAAGUGCAUAAAAGCUCCAGAUUGUCUCCAUUUUCAACAAUGUGACUUUUACUACUGGUACUACUCUUAUUACUGUACGCCCCCCUGCUAUCUUAACCACCCUGAAGUGCUGUGUGUGUGUGUGUGAGAAUGAGUGAGUGUAUUAAUGGUUUUAUCCAAACAGUUGGAAAAGAAAAGGGAAAUGGUAUGAUAUGAGAAAAGAGAAAUAAUAUUAAUGAGUGUAUUCCUUGGAAAUAAGACGUAUUUAAUUGACUAACCUUGGCAAAGAAUGGUGUUGUGCUUGUGAUUUAAGGGGAAAGCAUGGGUAUACAAGGGAGGGUUUAGGGUUUAUUUAUUUCUUAUUGUACCGUGUGUAUUGCAGUGGGUGUGUUUGGGAGAAUAACGUGUUGACAAUGUACUGGAAUUAUUUUUUAUUUCUGUCUCAGUGGAAACAAGGGAACAGAUAAAGACACUGUGAGGAAACGGGUUCAGAAAUGGUUUCAUUGUGCACUGGGAAUGCUGAGAGUCAUCACUGUUCUGUGUGUAUGUGUGUGCUUUUUUUCCAUGAUGAAAGUGAAGUCGCUGCUCCGUCAGCAUCACCUGACAAUGUGGCACUGCAGGUAUACAGCAGCAUCCCUCGUGUGGGACAAUAAUGUGUUUCAUCAACCAUCAAUCCAGGAAAGAAUAAGUAACACAGAAACAUAACACAAUCCAUUAAACUGUGAAAUUAGGUUGAGGUAGAGGUUAUGUUUUCAGAACUAACAAGGAUAUAAAUCUUUCUGAAGUUGAAAUUGUCUGUUGUGUAUCUGCAGUGCAAUCCAGGGCUUUAGAAAUACUGAGGUCAUGACUCUGAGAAUCUCUUUUCAUUUUCCACAGGAGAAAUGAAAUAAAGCAAUUCAAAAUGAGGUGGGUGGAAAGAAAGACAGAAAGAAAGACAGAAAGAAGGUAGUAAGAAUGAAAGAAAGAAUCCCCCAAAGUUUUAAUUGUACAUUUUAAACAUCCUUUGAAAUCUUAAACUUACCUUUUGUAUUUUUAAUAGAAAAAAAUCCAUGACCUCAGUGUUUUUAAUAGUUCCCUUGGCCCUGACUACACACACACACACACACACACACAAAUACACACACACGCACAACCCACUGGGAACCUGCCUAUAGAGUUAGAAUAAACAGAACUGGCUCUGAGGUUCCAGUUUGAACUUUUGGUGGUUUUAGUUUCGACUAAAAUCAGUGCCAAACC